CGUAAAGCAGUGGAGAGAAUCUCUGUCCUGGACUGUUCUGGCUCUGCCAAAGGCUGGAGAAAAAUCCCGCUAGGCUAAAGGAGGCAAGUGAAUGGGAACAGCUAAAGGGAAAUCAUACCAGGGGCUGAGGGCUUGAAAAGCCUGGGUACCUGAGGGGUUGCUUGUUUGGGGACAGGGUCUCUCGUAGCCCAGGCUGCUCUCUAACAGAUUGACCCUGAAUUCCUGGUCUUCCUGCCUCUACUCCAAGAGUCCUGGGACUAUGGGCUGGAUCUGGUGGGAUCACACCCUGGGCUUUGGGCGUGUUAGGCACUCUAUUAACAGACCUACAUUCCCGGAGGAGAAGGUGUGGGGCUGGAAGCCUGACUCAGGAAAGGUUGCUGAAGGCCAUCAGUCAGACACGCUAGACCCAGGCCAUGAACCAGAGCCCGGGUCCAGCGACUUGUGGUGGUUGAGAAUUCUGUACCCAGCCGGACGCACGCCUUUAAUUCCAGCAUUUUUUAAUUCCAGCACUCGGUUGAUAGAGGCAGCAGGAUCUGUGUGAGUUCGAGGCCAGCCCCGGUCUAAAGAGCAAGUUCCAGGGCAGGCUUCAAAGCUACACUGAGAAACUCUGUCUCGAAAAACAAAGAAACAAACAAAAAAGAAUUGUGUAUCUGUCCACCAUCCACAGGUCUGGACCCAGUAAAAAUGCUUGCCUCCUGAGGUUCAGGUCAUGUACUCCUAUGCCUGCCUGCCGCCCAGGGAGGGCAUUUGGCCUCGGCUGCAGUCCCUCACCUACACCUACCUGCCCGCUCCCCUGCUGCUGCCGCCCAUCCAGACCCACAACUUCUGCAGCCGGCCGGCCGGGCUGAGCGCGGCCCCGCGUGAAUUCCACUGCUUCUACGGUGCGACCCUGGCUUCCACGCCGCCCUGGUGGCUCUUUCCGCGGCCGGGUGCCGCGACCCUUGGCCCGUCGUUCCCCGCGGCCGGCGUGCCUGCCCCAUCCCAGCCCGCGCCCAACGCCGAGGGCUGGGGACAGUGGCCCGAGGGCAGCAGCCUGCAGCUGCAGCUGCGCUGGGGACGCGUGGAGCGCACGCGGGGACCGCCCCUGCCACUGCCAGACGCGGUGCGACGCGAGCUGCGGCGCGUGUACGGCACCUACCCACGCACCGACGUGCGCGUCACCCGGCGCGGCAGCCAGUUCCUGCUGCAGGCCGCGCCGCGCGUGGGCGAGCCCGAGUACCAGGUGGCGAGGCGUGUAGUGCGCCGGCCGGCAGGCGGUGACGACGACGGGGAAGGCGGGGACAGCCGGGCCGCUCCCGAGGCGGUGCAGCGUGGCCGCCCCAAGAAGAAGCAAGGUCUGCGCUGAGCGCGCCUGCCGGCCCCGAGUAUGGUUUCUCUUGAGUGAAACCCGCUCGACGGUGCGGGAAAGGAGAGACGGUCUUGGGGUGAAAGCAGCACCUAGAUGCUUCUCCUCUCCGCCCUUAGCCGUCUGUGUGGGUCCCACUUGCCCUCCUCUCGCCCUUGCACCACAAGACCCCACUGUGUGCGCCACAGCAGCCCCCAGCUUGGGAAGGGAAGUAAAUAAGUGGUAGAAGUCUAGUGUUCACUGCGAGGUAGUUUUUUGUUGGUUUGUUUUUCAAGACAGGGUUUCUUUGUGUAGUUUUGCUGCCCUGGAACUCGCUCUGUAGACCAGGCUGACCUCGAACUCACAGACAUCCGCCUGCCUUGCCAUCCGGCUCCUUUUAACUGUUCGGAAGUUGGCAUUUUGCCAGCCUCUCCGCGGGUCCGCUGACCCGGGGCUUCAGCAGCAUCCCCGCAGUGCACACUCGAUGAUCUUCUAGACUCAUCUGCCUGGACUCACUCUCCCUAGGGUGGUUUUGAAGUGUGGGAGUAACUGGGAAAUGUCACUUGUGAGCUAGGUUUAGAGCUGGUUCUGACGUUUUCCUAGCCAUGUGUCUUCUCUGAGCCCCUCAACUAUCCCAUCUGUAAAACAUAUAAAAUUAGCUUACCUAGAUGUUCAAAGGAAUCUCAGUCAUUCUUUUACCCUUUUUAUUAUUCAUUGUUUUUAUUUUAUUUUAUUUUUGAGAUAGGGUUUCUUUGAAUAACCGUCUUUAGAUGUCCUGGAACUUGCUUUGUAGACCAGGCUGGCCUUGAACUCACAGAGAUCCGCCUGCCUCUGCCUCCAAAUGCUGGGAUUAAAGGCUUGUAUCACUAUGCCGGGUUUAUCCCAAUUCUUGUUAACAUUCUUUAGUUUCAUAAUAAAGAAGGUCUUGCUAUUAUUUCACCCUGGCUGACCUCAAACUGGCAGCAGUUUUCCUGCCCCAGCCUACUUGGGGGUUCCCAUAUAUAACGGGACCACACUUUACUAAUUUUUUUCCCUCAGAAAUGGAGCUGGGGGCUGGGUGGUGGCGGCGCUUGCUUUUAAUGCAGUAUUUUAGUAGUGGUGUUGAUGGGCUUGAAUGGAGAAACCUUUAAUCCUGGCACUCAGAAGCAGAGGUUUGCAGAUAUUGAUCUCUGUAAGUUCCAAACUAGAGCCAGGGCUACAUAGUAAAACUGCAAAACCUUAUCAGGUGUGUGUCUGUCUGUAUGUCUGUGGAUUGUGUAUGCAUGUCAGGGUAGGUUGUAGGCGUCCGAGGAGGCCCCACUCCUCAGCCCACUUUUUUUUUUAAUUAACUUAUUUUGAUUUACGUGCAUUGGUGUUUUGCCUGCAUAUAUGUCAGUGUGAGGCUGUCAGAUCUUGGAGUUACACAGUUGUUGGCUGCCAGGUGGGUCCCCACUCCCCUUGUUUUUUGAAACAGGGUUUCUCACUGGAACCUGGGGCUUACCACUACACUAGAACUAGUAGGAGCCAACCAUCUUCCUCUUUCCACACCCCAGUGCUGGGGGGGAUAGACAUGACCAGCAUGCCUGGCUUUUUACGUGGGUGUUGAAGUUGUAACUCAGGCCCUGUUGGUACACAC